AUGUGUGCGCCGCCGCUGAAGCGCAAAGCGCCGGAGCCCGGCAUGGCGCGCUCGGAGAACUCGUUGGAUUCGCCGCCGCGCAGCAAAAUGCCGGCCCACUCCGGAGACUUCUUCUAUGCUCAUGACGGCCACGGCGAGGUGCUUCCAAAGCCGGUCAAGAAGAGGGAGUCUGCGCGCAACCUCUCCAGCGAGCAUCAUCCCCUUGGGUCCGACGGAUCGGACAAUAGGGCGUGUCCACUGGCGCGGGCAGCGGAGGCAUCUCCGGAGGUGGAGGCUGGGCAGGAGGCGGUGUCUGUCAGCAGGGCGGCUGCAGCUGUUGGAGUUCACGAAGGAGACCUCAUGCAGGGCUUCCCAGGAUUCACUCCGGCUCAGGCGGUCCAAGGCAUGACAGCGCCAAGCUCAGAGGCAGCAGCAGAGGCUCCAUCACAUGCAUUGGACAACAGCCGCAGGCCCACGAAUGACAUGACUCAGGGCCAUGUGCAGUGA